AUGGCAGAAAACAACAUCACCCAACGUCGUCCACGGUCUAUCGACGAAAAUGAUGAACCCUUGGCGAACACCCCCGAAGGCCGAGUGACCAUCCGCAGUGUCCGCUCGCUCUGUGGCGCAAAGCAUACCCAACAGGGAAUUGUCCUUGGGCCUGACCACCAUCACCACGAGCCAUUGUCGUUCUUUGAGUGCCUCAAAGUCAUCCUGUUUGCGACCAGGAUCAACGUUCUGCUUUUGUUCAUCCCCCUCGGAGUCAUUGCCAGCAAGUUGCAUUGGACACCCGUCACUAUCUUUGUGCUCAAUUUUAUAGCCAUUAUCCCUCUUGCCAAGUUGCUUGGAUAUGCGACAGAGGAGAUCGCAAUGCGACUUGGAGACAACCUUGGCGCUUUGCUGAAUGCGUCGUUUGGAAAUGCCGUCGAGCUAAUUCUGUCCAUCGUUGCGCUCAAGGAAGGCAAAAUCGACGUUGUCCAAGCCUCGGUCCUUGGAUCUGUCCUUUCCAACCUACUUUUGGUAAACCUCGGAGUUUUGGGUCUUAGCUUUAUCUGUGGAGGAUACAAGUUCCAAACGCAAAAGUUCAACCAGACAGCCGCGCAGACCUCAUCAUCCCUCCUUUCCCUCGCAUGUCUGUCCCUCCUCAUUCCCGCCGCCUUUGUCGCCACAGCCAAGGAGAUUGAUCACACGAACCAUAUCCAGUCUCUCUCGUACGGAACUUCGAUCGUUCUCUUGGUCGUCUACAUCCUCUACUUGUUCUUCCAGCUCAAGACCCACACCCACUUGUACGCCACAGAGAACGAGGAAGAGGAGGAGCCUGUCCUUCCCAUCUGGAUGUCGAUUGCCCUGCUGUUGGUCGUCACCCUGGUUGUUGCGCUGUGUGCAGAGCUCCUGGUCGACUCCAUCGAAGGUCUGUCCGAGUCAUGGAACAUCUCUCCAACGUUUAUCGGUCUGAUCUUGCUGCCCAUUGUCGGGAACGCCGCCGAGCACGUCACAGCUGUCACUGUGGCGAUGAAAAACAAGAUGGAUCUAGCCAUUGGUGUCGCUAUUGGAUCGUCGAUGCAGAUCGCUCUGUUUGUGACACCUCUCAUGGUCAUUAUCGGCUGGUUCAUUGAGCAGCCCAUGACCCUGUUCUUCAACACCUUCGAGACUUGCAUCAUGUUCGUCUCAGUCCUCAUUGUCAACUACUUGAUCCAGGAUGGAGAGUCCAAUUGGCUUGAGGGUGUCCAGUUAUUGAGCACAUAUAUCAUUAUCGCCAUCGCUGUGUUCUACUAUCCAGCUUAA